AUGUCCCGCGAUCUUGCUUCUGCUCUGACAUACAGUAUUUCUGUCUUCCGAAACGUAUUCGCCCCGCAUACCGUACGCUUACGUACGCAUACUGAACAUUAUAGAAAUGCCCUCAAGCUCUUGGCACAAAACGCCGCGCCAACUCUCCGAAUGGAGAAUCUUGAGAUAACUGUAGGCGGUUACAAGGGCAUGCGGAACGAAUUCCCUCCAAAUAACCGGGCCGAGCCCGAAGCAAAGCAACCCUAUAAAAGGCGAGCUUGGCGGGACAGUCUGCCAAAACCGCUCGCUGUCUCUCCUUCUCCAGGCAAGGGAGGGGGUAAUAACUUGGGAGUUCUCCACGAGGAAGAAGUUACAGAAGCAACUACAGUAGCCAGCACGCUCACCAUGGGACGCAAAAACAAAGACACAAGGCCUUUAAAACAGCGAAUAUUGAUGGUGAUUAACAGGCUUCCAUUCUCUGCUGUUAGGAAUGGUGAUGAUUCUUGGUCACUAGAGACCUGUUCUGGGGGUCUAGUAAAUGCUCUUCUUGGAGAUUCUCUUGGAGUUUGUCGUCUAAAUGUGUGUUCAUAUUUUGGCAUAUAUACCUUUUUACAUAACGGGAUAAGACAGAGCAUCACUUCACUUUUCUCACAUUUUGUCAAAGGUGUGAAGGAGCUUGAGGCAAAAUGGAUUGGAUGGGCUGGUCUAUAUGUACCGGAUGAAAUUGGGCAGCGAUCACUUACCAAAGCACUAGCAGAAAAGAAAUGCGUUCCGAUCUUCCUUGAUAAGGAGACAGUUAAUCUGUACUACGAUGGCUAUUGUAACAAUAUCUUGUGGCGUCUUUUCAAUUACCUUGGGCUUCCGCAUGAAGAUUGUAGGCCUGCAACGACCCACAGUCUCCAGCCUCAGUUUGAUGCAUAUAAAAAGGCAAACCAAAUGUUUGCUGAUAUGGUGGCCAGGCAUUAUGAAGAUGGGGAUGUUGUUUGGUGCCAUGAUUACCAUCUCAUGUUUCUUCCAAAAUUCCUGAAGGAAUAUAACAGCAAAAUGAAAGUUGGAUGGUUCCUCCACACGCCCUUUCCUUCUUCUGAGGUCCACAGGAUGCUGCCGUCUCGGUCAGAGUUGCUGAUUUCAGUUCUUGCAGCUGAUUUGGUUGGCUUCCACACUUACGAUUACGCAAGGCACUUUGUCAGUGCUUGCACCCGUAUCCUUGGAUUUGAGGGCACACACCAAGGUGUAGAGAAUCAAGGAAAGCUAACUCGGGUGUCUGUGUUUCCAGUUGGGAUAGACUUUGAUCGGUUUCUCCAAGCACUAGAGCUUCCACAAGUCCAAGAUAACAUCAAGGAAUUGACAGAGAGAUUUGCAGGCCAAAAGGUAAUUUUGGGCGUAGACCGUCUUGACAUGAUUAAAGGGAUUCCUCAAAAGCUAUUGGCAUUUGAAAAGUUCCUUGAAGACAAUCCCAAGUGGCAGGAGAAAUUAGUUUUGCUCCAAAUUGCUAUUCCAACAAGGGACCAGGUUCCUGAGUAUCGAAAGCUUAAGAGCCAGGUUCAUGAAAUUGUUGGGCGUGUUAAUGGCCGGUUUGGAACAUUAACUGCUGUUCCCAUACAUCACCUGGACUAUUCCAUUGACUUUCACUCAUUAUGUGCCUUAUAUGCAUUCAGCGAUGUGAUUCUUUUAACAUCUUUGAGGGAUGGAAUGAAUCUUGCCAGCUAUGAGUAUGUGGCAUGCCAAGAUUCAAAAAAAGGGGUUCUCAUUCUUAGCGAGUUUGCAGGCGCAGCACAAUCUCUUGGUGCUGGUGCCAUCCUUGUGAACCCAUGGAAUAUUACAGAAGUUGCUUUGUCAAUUGGUCAUGCUUUGAACAUGCCAGCUGAUGAAAGAGAAAAACGGCAUCAACAUAACUUUCAACAUGUGACUACCCACACUUCUCAAGAGUGGACAGAAAUGUUUGUAAGUGAACUAAAUGAUACCAUUGCUGAAGCCCAAAUAAGGACAAGGCGAGUUCAACCUUUACUUCCAGUCAAGGCCACAGUUGAAUGUUUUCUGCAGACGAGUAACCACUUUCUCAUACUGGGUUUCAAUGCAACAAUGACAGAACCUGUGGUUAGCCCUGGGAAAAGAAGGGAUGAUCAAAUAAAAGAGAUGGAGCUUAAGUUGCACUCAGAAUUAAAAGAGCCCUUGGCAAUUAUUUGCAACGAUCCAAAGACGACUGUCCUUGUCAUCAGUGGAAGUAGCAGAGCUGUGCUAGAUGAUAACUUUGGAGACUACAACCUGUGGUUGGCAGCAGAACAUGGAAUCUUUCUGCGCUCCACUAAAGGAGAAUGGAUGACAACAAUGCCAGACCUUCUAGAUAUGGACUGGGUUGACAGUGUGAAGGCUGUUUUGGAAUAUUUCAAAGUAAGGACACCUCGAUCUUAUUUGGAAUUUCGUGAGAUUCUACUUUCAUGGAACUACAAGUAUGCAGACGUUGAGUUUGGAAGGCUUCAAGCAUGGGAUAUGCUGCAGCAUCUAUGGACAGGCCCAAUUUCAAAUGCAGCAGUUGAUAUUGUCCAAGGUAGCCGGUCAGUUGAGAUUCGGCCAGUUGGUGUUACAAAGGGCACAGCAAUUGACAGUAUCAUUGGUCAAAUAGCUCAUGCAAAAUCCAUGGUGACACCAUUUGAUUACGUUUUAUGCCUUGGCCACUUUCUUGGGAAGGAUGAAGACAUCUAUGAGUUUUUCGAGCCAGUGCUUCCGACUGCUGAUGAGCCAACAGUUGAUGCUGUCAGGACAUCUUCUAGCAGGUGGUCCUCACCUAAGGUGUCAAAGAUGCCACAUGAGGUGUGGAGGACCACAUCAAGCGCAGAGAGUACGUCUGUUGCCAGGAACAAUGAGGGACCAUCAGUGCUUGAUCUUAACAGCAAUAACUACUUUUCUUGUGCGGUUGGACGGAGCCAUUCAAAAGCACGUUAUCUGAUGGAAUCGUCGGAAGAUGUUGUCUCAUUACUGGUGGCGAUGGCUGCUGCAUUGAGCUCUGAUGAGAAGUAAGAAGGCGAGGACAUGCUGGAUGCCGGCAGCAGUGCAGAUGACUGAUCUUUUGAGGAUGUGAAUAUCAUUUUUUCUCCUUCACUUGAGAUUCUCUCAUUCUUUCCCUUUCUUUCUAGAUGAGUUGGCAGUAUAGAACUCUUUAACUGCUGACUCGAAUAUGUUAGAAAGGUGUUGCAUUGAUCUCAUUC